GUUCUCUCUACAAGUACCUGGAUCCCCUUGCACGGGCAGGGCAGUCUCAGCGAACAGGCCAACAGACAUGGUGGGAUUUGUCAGGACAGCGAUCGUCGUCAUCUGUGUGGCGUCAUCUGUCUUUGCACAGUCUGACGACACGAGCCCAAAUAACUGCCCCUACGCCUGCCAGAUAUCGGAGAGAUAUACCGAGGGAUGUGGUUGGCUCAACUGGUCCAGAUGCACCAAAUACAGGAUGAAGACGUCCAUCUGCUACAAGCCGUGCGCCACAACAGCAACACCAUCAACAACGACACCAGAGUGCACUGAGUACCCCUGCCUCAUGUUCCACGACAACUUCGACACACUGGACUUCAAAGUGUGGGAACACGAGCUGACGGCUGGUGGGGGAGGCAACUGGGAGUUUCAGUUCUACACCAACAACCGCACCAACACCUACGUCCGCGAUGGCGUCCUCUACAUCAAACCCACGUUGACGGUGGACCAGUUUGGCGAGGCCUUCCUCACCUCCGGAAAACUUGAACUGUGGGGCGCAGGACCGCACGACACCUGUACUGGCAACGCCUUCUACGGCUGCGAGCGCAUCGGCAACCACCAGUACAUCAUCAAUCCCAUUCAGUCGGCCCGACUCCGGAGCUCCAGGGGUCUGAACUUUAAAUACGGCAAGGUGGAAAUAUCGGCUAAACUCCCCAAGGGAGAUUGGUUGUGGCCCGCCAUAUGGAUGCUGCCGACGUACACGGAGUAUGGCGGUUGGCCGGCGUCCGGCGAGAUUGACAUCAUGGAGAGCAGAGGUAACCGACACUACUACGACGCGAAUGGCCGCUCUGUAGGAGUCGACUCUUACGGCAGUACCAUUCACUUCGGCACCGACUACUUCCACAACGGCUGGUCACGUGCCCACCAGUCCUGGGUGAAAGAGAACGGAACUUACGGAGAUGAGUUUCAUACGUAUGGAGUCGAGUGGGACGAAGACGCUAUCACAUUCUCGUUUGACGGGAGACAGACCCUGCGCGUGACCCCCGGGGACACAGGCUUUUGGGGGUUCGGGGAGUUCAACGAGACAGGCUUCGACAACCCAUGGAAAGGUGCCUCCAAGAUGGCUCCUUUCGACAAAGAGUUCUACAUCAUCCUUAACGUCGCCGUCGGUGGUUUCAACUACUUCGACGACAGCUAUAACAACACCGCCUACCCGAAGCCAUGGACAGAGGCCACAGCCUCCCAGUUCUGGGCGGCUAAGGACCAGUGGUACCCCACGUGGAACCCAGACGUGCGGGGCGGGGAGGACGCCGCCCUUAAGAUAGACUCCGUUAAAGUCUGGAAAUUUCAAUAAAAUCCAGUUGACGCUGAUAUUUUCCUGAAAAAUGUUUCUAUGAUUAUUGCUUGAAAGCGACAUAUCAAACAUCUAAAAGCCAUUAUCACAACAUUGUGUGUCACCAUCUCAAAUAAAUAAUCUACGUUCUGUUCUAGUA